UCGAGUCUGGCUGGUUUCCAAUCCCGGUUUUCUCCUCAGUCACGAGGGGCAGAAAGAUCCAGGAUCUAAUCAGUCCAUGAGCCAGCGAGCCCGGCCGGGCCCCCGCUGCGAGCGCCUGCUGCUGGCCCGGCCCGGGGGAAUUGCGACCCCGCCCUUUGGCUUGUGCCAACUUUCCCUUUCUCCCCUAACGGGAGCGUUAUAAGGAGAGGCGGAGAGCCGGUGUCGUCCGCUCCUUCGCCCGCCGGGACAGCAGUCGCGCCGAGCCUCGCGAUGCUGUCCCUGUUCUCCGGCACAGAGAGUGAAAGAGAGAGGCUCGUGCGCGCCAGCCAGUCCCUGCUCGACUCCCUGGAAGGAUGCAUCUCGGCCACCCACGCUCUGCUCCGCAUCCUCAACCAGCACCUUGACACCAGUGUGUCCCUGGAACCGGUGGGGGGCAGCUUCGGCGUGGGGGAGAACUUGGAGCGCCUGCUGCGGGCAGCGUGGGAGAUGCACGCCGCAGCAGAGCAGACGGACAGACACGUGCGGAAGAACGCCAGCCGGGACCUGUACGUCCGCAUGGCCUCCCCCCACACCUCGCUGCAGGAGAAGGGGGCCAUCGUCCGGGACUUCCACCAGGCCACCAUGGGGAUCUUCGGCAGCGUGGGUGGCCCCAUGGCGGCCGUGCUGCUGCAAAACGCCGGCCUCCCGGGGCGACUGGAGGUGGCUCUGCGGGAGGUGGAGGCCUCCCCGGUCCUGCACCUGCCGAUGGACGCCCUGCGCCAGAGCAGCGAGGAGAUCGCCAAGGCUGUGUCCGCUUGUGCCACCCCUGGGGGCCCAACUGUGGAAACGGCUGCAGAGCCCCCGGAGAAUGGCCCCUUCUCUGGGACCGGCGUGGUGCAGAGUCUGGGCGAAUACCUGCCCGAUGUCCUCACGGGGCGUCGUGCUAGGAACGCCCUGGCUGCGGCCGCUGGGCACCUGGAGGAGGCACUUCGGGCGCUGGCACCGGCCUGCAAGUCUUUCCAGUUGGUAGCUGCCGCGGCUGAGGUCUACAUGGCCCUGAUCACGGAGCAGCAGCCGGGAAUGGGAGAGGGGCCGGGCCAGAAUCCUGCCAGCGUCGCCCAUUGA